AUGCGUAUCCCUGACAUUGAUCAACAAUUUAUCCUCGAACUCGUUGCAUCGGAAUAUGGUUUAGCAGCUGUUCUGGCUCAAGAAUUGGACAGAAAAAAGUCAGCGGUUGCUUAUGCUAGUCGUACGUUAACUCCAGCGGAGAGAAACAGAGCUGAUCACCUACAUGGUAAACUGCCAGCGGUGCAGGCAGGUUGCAGUUUGCAGAUAUGCAAAGAUUUGGGAAUUAAAAAUAAAUUUACAGCCACUUGUCAUCUACAAACAAAUAUGACAGAACGAGUAAACAAAACAGUGAAACAAAUGAUCGCUCAAUAUGCAGAAGGCAAACCAAAUUCAUGGGAUAAAGAAAUAGCAAAAUUAGCGUUUUCCAUAAAAACACCAGUUGAUGAAUCAACAGGACAGCCUCCAGCGUUUUUGAAUCUUGGUAGAGAACCUCAACUUCCUCUUGAUCUGAUCCUCGAUGACCCUACUGAAGGCCCAUCUGUACCUCCAGAUGAAAUAAAACAUGUGGCUCUAAGUUAUCGUGACCGACUAAGUCAAAUGGCAAGGUCCUUGUAA